AUGCUACUACAUCAUGGAACAGAUCCAAAUAUACAAGAUGGUGAUGGAUAUACUCCAUUACAUUGGGCAGUUCAAAAACAAAAUGAAAAUUUUGUUGAAAUUUUGGUUGAAUUCAAAGCUAACUCCAAUUUCGGAGAUUUUGAAGGUAUAACCCCUCUUGAAAUGGCAAAAGCAAUGAAAUUAGAUAACAUUUUAACAAUUAUGGAAAGAAGUAAAGAACCUCCUCCACAAGUAGAAACAUUUUCUGGAUGCUCUAUAUUCGGAUAUGUAUUUGGUGGAAAAGCAGAACCACAAGUGCUUCCUUCCAAAUCAAAAAAGUAA